AACUUUUGUUAUAAAAUCAAUUUAAACGGCGGAAGAGAGGUCGUGCCAGUGAUCGUCCGGCCCCGGUGACCUGCAGGGACUAUUGAUUAGGGUAUUCGCAUCAAUUGACUUUGUGAUUAACACGAGACACGAGUGCGAUGUACAGGUUUAUUGAUUCUGUCCACGCCGUGUUCGUGAGGCCGGGGGUCCGGGGCUCUGUGCAGCGGUACCCCCGGAGGGAAGCUGCCCAGGGCGGAAAAGCAGUUGACGCCGUGGUCCGCUGAGAGGAGCUGAAGGGGCGAUUUGAGUCAGAUACGUCACAGGAUUUAAUAGCUCUCGUUGCUGAUGGAUGACUCUAGUCCUCGCGUAGUUACUACGCAGAGAAGUUGGAAUGGGUACAGAAAAAUAGAGAUAAGGGGGAUAUUAAUGUUCCUCCAUAAUGUCGCCUCUUCCUGUAACUUUUUGGCACAGUUCUCUGUCAUCCAAUGGGGUUUGGAUGUUUUUUCACCCUUAAUUAUAGCCACCCACGGUCUAGCGCUAGUCACCGCGGUCAAUGCCGCAGACGCUCGGCGUUGGGCUAGCGCGCAGUCCGGGAAGACCGCCCCUGGGGAGCUGCUGUACACAGCCGUCUUAACCCCAGCAGUUUGAUGAGAAAGACCACCAAGGUGCGCUGAGGGUCCCUGACGAGCAAGGUGUGAGCUGAGGCGCUCGGGCACCCUGCGCGAGAAGUCACCUGCUCCCACCUGUGCAGGUCGGUCCAGCAGAGCGGAGCGCGACCCUGCCCCCAGCCUCGAGGACCCUGCUGCUUCUGCGGCCGCUGACCGGGGCGUAGGAGUGACGUCACGGGGACCGUCGGAGCAAGGAGCUGGAGUGGCUGUUUCUGGGUUCUUGGAUCCUGUUAGUGUACCGCUCCCCGCCUGACAGCCAGCCGACCCUAACCGGCGAGAGCACGACAUCGCGAACGGAAAGCCUCGUCGCGCUGUCUGUCCCUUCUUCUCUGCUGGAUUAUGUGUCCUGCCUGAUCAAACCCGGAUUCUACCUGCUUCCAUUCCGCGCGCUGGGAGAUGUGCCGCUGUGCUCUGGGGACUGGAGAUGCUACCGGACCUCGACGUCUUCAAGGUUGCGAGUGUUGCUGCGGUGAAGGUAUUUCCUCUUUCCGACAGACCUGGAGCCUCAGAAUUCCCUGGCAAGCAGUGAGUCCCAGCGAAGCCCCCCUAUGAGCUGACUGCCUCGACAGUGCUACCCCUCGCUCCCAGCUUCAGAAGCAGGACUAAGGGAUGUCACAGGCCUUCCUCCUCCUAACUCUGCUCACUUUCUCCACCAGCAUUCAGCAGGUCCGGUCGGAGUUGACCCUGACGGACAUAGUGAAAAACUGGGUGAGCUACAAGGAUGAGUGCAACCAUAACAUCAGCAGUGAGCCUCCUGCUACUGGACUAGUGUGCAACCGCACCUUCGAUAGAUACGCUUGCUGGCCAGAUGGGCUGCCCAAUACUGUGGUCAACGUGUCCUGCCCCUGGUACCUGCCCUGGCACGACAGAGUCCGCCAUGGUGUGGUGUACCGGGUGUGCGGGCUGGACGGCCAGUGGGUUCUUGGCCCUGACAAGCAUCCCUGGAAGAACACGACGGAGUGUGAGGUGGACGACACGGAUAAGCAGGAUUACUGGAAGACCCUGAGCAUGUUCUGGGUGAUGUACACGGUGGGGCACUCACUGUCCCUGGGGGCCCUGGUGCUGGCACUGGGUAUCCUGGUGGCUUUCAGAAAGCUGCACUGCAUGAGGAACUACAUCCACAUGAACCUGUUUGCCUCCUUCAUCCUGCGCGCGGUGUCCAUCCUGGUCAAGGACGCGCUGCUCCACCCCCCCAGCUCCAACUUCACCCUGCCUAAAGACAACGAGGUCGAGAAGUGGCUGAAUAGCACAGACGAGACACCCGUGGGCUGUCGCGCUGCCCUGGUCAUGAUGCAGUACAGCAUCAUGGCCAAUUACAACUGGCUGCUGGUGGAGGGCAUCUACCUGCACAACCUGCUGGUGAUCACAGUCUUCACUGAGAGGAACUACUUCAAAAUCUACCUGUGUAUUGCCUGGGGUGCCCCGCUGCUGUUCGUGUUGUCUUGGGUGAGGCUGAAGUACCUCUACGAGAACAUCCAGUGCUGGGAGAGAAACUUGAACAUGGCCGUCUGGUGGGUCAUCCGCUCCCCGAUACAGCUGGCGAUCCUGAUCAAUUUCUUCAUCUUCAUCCGAAUCAUACAGAUCCUGGUGUCCAAGCUGAGGGCCCAUCAGAUGAGAUACACGGACUACAAGUUCCGGCUGGCCAAGUCCACUCUGACUCUCAUCCCCCUCCUGGGCAUCCACGAGGUGGUGUUUGCCUUCGUGACGGACGAGCAUGCCCAGGGCUCCCUGCGCCUGGUCAAGCUCUUCUUCGAGCUCUUCUCCUCCUCCUUCCAGGGUCUGCUGGUGGCCAUCCUGUACUGCUUCGUCAACAAGGAGGUGCAGUCGGAGCUGCUGAAGAGGUGGAAGCGGUGGAAGCUGGGCAGGGACAUAGAGGAGGAGUACAGGCACACCUACAGCCAGACGCCCCAGGUCAGGAACGGCAGCACGGCUGCUGGGGCCGCGCCCGCCCCGGGGGAGGAGCACAAGCUGGUGGGCAGCUACCAGAACGGCACCGGCCACAGCAAGCACAGCCUGCAGCCCCCGGCGCCACUGGAGGGGGCUGCCUGCACCAGCACCCUCAAGGAGAGCAGCAGCCUCGGAGACAAGGCGCACUGCUACGAGUUCCCACUAGAGAGCGCCGAGAGCAACUUCUGACCCUGAGCAGCCCUGUGGCAGGGAUCCCUGCUGGAGCAGCAGCGGCCCGCUAGCCGUGGCCGCAGCAGAGCAUGCUGGGCCUGCCUGCGGUUAGCAGCCCUACGUGCAGAGUUUAUACGACCUGAGUGCAGCUGCCCAGCCUUAGAGACCCAUACAGGCAGCCCGGUCUGGGGGCAGGGAGCAUGAGGGGUUGCGCUGGUCUUGGUGGCUCUGAGAUCCACAGGUAAAAGACACUUACUCCUUCGUCUGUGCCUGUUUUCUCCACACAGAUCCCCGGAGCUCCAGGACGAGGCUGUAUUCUUGUUAUGGUUUUUACGAUUAUUACUUCUAUAUUUUUUUUUUUGUAAAGGCCAAUGCCUAUUUCAAACAAUCAUAAAGACAAGAAAAUAAAAACAGCGACCGCAAAAGUAAUGGGUUUUUGCUGGCGGCCCCCAGGCCUAUGUGUCGCAGUGCGAUGGCCUUUUCACUGAGCAGCAGAGCCGCGAACAGAAGGCAGGCUUCUCCUCUCUCUCCGGGGGCUUCCUGCAGACUCACGCACCGGUUCUGCCGCAGCCUGGCGUGUGAGGAGGAGAUCCCAGCCGGUCCCGUGUGUGCUGUCUGUUACUCAAGGAGAUGUCUGUAAUCGAUUUGGACUGACUCAUGAAAGCAGUGUAAGGGAUGGACGAACAGAAAUCGCAACCAUUGACAGCCUGUACAAUAAAGCCGAACAAACUGCUUCCCAGCCCCUGGCCUCGGCGAGGGUGCGGCGUCGCCAUUCGGCUCCUCUUCGAGCUGUCCGCUGUCUCGCAGCGAUGGCAGGGGGCUCGUGCUGCUGCCGGGUGGUACCAGCCAGCAGCUCUGAACACAGUUCUGCAGCGUUCCGGAGACUCACCGGGUCCUGGAGGCCUGGGAGAGCUGGCAGGGACAGGGGCAGGGGCAGACAGAGACUGCCGGGUGCCUAUGCUCUCACACUGGAGCCCCCCACAGCAGCCUGUGGGGGGGGGGGGGUGCUCUCACAGCAGACUGUGGAGGGGGGGGUGCUCUCACAGCAGCCUGAGAGCUCCAUUCAGGGACAGGUAGGUCUUUACGAACCGUCAAAUGUUGUCAAAUAUAUAUUUUUAAAAUAUUCUUAUUGUAACAAAGAAAGUUGGUGAAUGUUGGUGAAUUUUUAUUGUUUUGCUAUUUAAGGAUGAUGAUUGUGGUUUUAAUGGGGGAACAGCUUCUUUCAAAGCAUGAUCAAAUGUUAGGGAGGGUGGUAUAGCGUACCUCCCAUCCAUCUGAAUUCCAGUAUAGAGAAAGACAGUGUGUGCUUAACAUUUAAAAAUCUUACCUCCCAGUUUGGAAUCACCAACUGUUUUAAGACAUGGCUUUUCAGCAGCGGCUGUGCCCACACAAGAGAGACACUCUUCGGCCACUCUGAGCUUCACAGUGCCCAGCAGGAGAGGGAACGCUGACUGGAGAAGUGGUGCAUCUCUCACUGACUUCACAGCAAGCCUGAGAGGUCCUUGGCCCACUCAUUCCAGCUCUACCCCUGCAGCACUCUUCCAGGUGUGCUCUAGGGAAUCCCAGUCACAGGGGGGUACUGACAUGACACAGGUUCGAAUAAGUAACAUCUGGGCCAUAAAACAUAUUAAACAAGCACUUUGACCUUGAAGCACUGCUCUCAGCCAUCUACAGUGUAGCUUCUUUGCUAAUGACCUAGACACUUACAGUGAAAUGCAGAAUAAAAGAAUAGGAGAGAAUUACAGGGCACAAGUGACUAGAGGUCAUCUCCCAGUGCUUGGGGAUUAACAAGAUGAAUUAGGAGAUGCAGGUUUGUUCAAGAUGGCGAUGCAACCUUCUGUCCAAAAGACCAGCACGCACACAUUCUGUCCUCCAUCAAUCGCUGCCAGACUGCUCCCUCUGUUCUGCUCUCCAACAGCGGUUGACUGGAUAAGCAAAGCUCUUCAAGAAUUUGUUUAACUGUUGACAUGUAUCAUGGUGGUCCAGUAUGGCAUGAGUCACCUCCUGCACAGCUGUGUUUCCUCCUCACUUACCAGACUUUAAAUCCUGUCAUUUAAGCAAGCUAAGCAAACACUUUCUUAAGAAAAAGUAACUUUCUUGUCCUGUUGCGAACUGUAGUUUGCAUGCCUGCCUUCUGCUCUCCUAGAUCACACAAAGGUCUGGCGGGGAGGUGUUGAGCCAGCAGGCUUUUGGUAGGAGCCCCGAGCCCCUGCAGCAGUGCCUGCUGCCUCACUCAAAACUCGCACUCACACUGGGCUGUCAGGUUUCCUGCAGGGUUUGGAGGCUCAGAGAUGUAGCUGUACAGGAUGAUGGCAGCCGACUGAAGCGCAUCAUGCUGUGCUGCAAUAGAAUAAUAAUAAUUACACCCCUACUCUUUUUGAGAAAUGCCCUGGGAUUGUUAAUUACCACAGAGAGUCAGGACCUCGGUUUUUACGUCUCAUCCAAUACCAGGGCCAGGGAGGUUAGUGUCCUGGUGUGUUUGUGUCUGAAGGUGCGUCUGUCAGCCUGGCAGCUAAAUGAAACUACUGCACUGCCCAGGAAGGAGCUCAACAGAGUUUCAGCUGAAACUCACUUCCACUUCCAAGGAAGUGCUUCACCGAGCUCCACCAGCAUUUGAGUUAAUAUUUAAAGUGCCAUUUUUUCUUCCUCAGCUCAAAAGUUUCCAGUGAUUAAUGAACCAAGGGUGUAGAGUCUUGCAUUAGUCUGUGACCCCAAACUGGCCCAGACUAGGAGAGAGCAAAGGAGAGGUCUUGAAUCCCUGAGCUAACGUCUAGGCUCCCCCAGGCUGGGGCAUUAGUAUAUAAGCCCCAAAAGUGAUAACCUGAUUUGCACUGGAUUGACCAGGGUGAAACACUGCACCCUUGUAAGAGAUGCAACAGCAGUGCCUGAGCUGGGGUUCUGAGCCCUAAGGCCCCUGGUAACAGACCAGAGUCCAGAGCAUAGUAGGAGGAGCCCAUGGUGCCUCUUCUGGUGAUGUGAAAAACUCUGUAUCAGUGGGGUGGAGGGGUGGGUUAGUUCUGCACAGUGGAACUGGGGUGGGGUGUUCUGUGCAGUGAUACUGGGGUGCAGCGUCUGCAGAGUGGGACUGAACAUCGCUUCUUGUUAAGACUGAGCUGUGAAGAGUUUUGUGUCAAGACGUUGGAGUGGAGGGCAAAAUAGUAUGUAAUCUGAGGUUUGUCUUUUUCAUUUUAAAUGUACAAACAGAAAGACAAGACUAUGAAUUUGUAAGCCUAUUUGCACAAUGUUAAUUUAUACACCAUAAAUAUGUAAAUAUGUGUAUAUAUAGUCCAGCAUAAACAGUGUUCUCUUGCUUCAGUUCUUCAGUUCUGACUCUCAGGCAGGUGCAUGUGUCCACGCAGUUGUGUUGCCUUGUGAUUUUAUUAACUGUAUCCUGUGCCAUGAGUCAGGUUCUGGGCUACACAGGCACGCUUUUGUUGCUCUUUGUAAUAUCAAGUGGCUUCAGAAACAACCAUGAGUGAAUCUCCAGUGGAGAUCUUAUCCUAGAAGCAGGAUCUCCCACGCAGCAGGCUGCUGGGUCUGACAGCGGCAUGCCUGACGAGAGAGCUCGCUCGCUUGGAGCAGAGAUGAGUAUGCAGUCCUUCUCCAGGUCACCCACAGCUCCCUGGGGCUGUUGGAAAUCCGAGAACAUGACUCCCCUCCAGCAGCAACUGGCAGCUCGGAGAGUCCAUGUUCAUCCUCAGACUGAGCUGCUUGAUGUCUCCUCAUCAGCCUCUGCAGACCUGGAGAAGACUGUGGGAGCAGUAGGUACAGCAGACUCUCUGCAGCAGGUCCACGUGUUCUGCGGACCUUCCAGUUCAACUCCUUCAUGAACUGGGCUAUAGGCCUUUCUGUAAUUGUUUCUCUGCUCAUGAGCUUGAUCACUAUGGCAGCUGAAGAGCAGUAAAGCAGCUAAUUGAACAGUCACGUGGUCCUCAGCAUACGGGCCACAAACUGGACUGAAGGGUUUGCUGACAUGCUGGGGGAAAGACUGACGUUCAGGGACUCCGGUGAGAUGAGAUCAGUCCAGCUCAUUGCGUCUCUCUGUAGAGAUUAGGAGCAGCGAUCUGUGGCCUGAGGAACAAUAUACAGAACACUGCGUAUUUAUUUAUAACCUCUCCUUACAUGCACUGAGAGGAAAAGUAGCAAACGCAGUCCAGUACUGCCUUCCCAGUAAUUUAAUUCUUUUGUGAGGGAAAAUAGAUGCUGAAAUUCACCUGCCUAGGGAUUAGUGGAUUGCUAAAGGCCAAGGCUUUGAGUGAAAUGCCUUUAAAAGAAUUUAACCUUCUCUCAAACUCUCAGGGUCAAGGAGAAAUUGAACAGACUCUUCCACGGCAGCCAGGGUCUUGAUCAUUCUGGUAAUAUUUUUGUCUUUUCUGCUCCCCCGAAAGACAAUGCAGUGAUGAUGAGCACAGCUCGUCAACAUCUGGACUGUAACAGGGCAGGGCGGGGGUGGGGGGAGACCAGUUGGAGAAAGAGAGAGCAGAGGGAGAGAGAAGACUUUUAGCAACAGCUCUGAGCUGCUUUUCACCAGAUCCAACCCUGCUGUGGAGUAAGGCUCCUCUGUAAGAAGCUCACAGCAUGACACAGGAGAUGGGCUGAGGUGAGGAAGGGGCUCUCAGCCUCCAUCGCAAGCUCUGUCCUGACUGCAGGGAGGCACACAGCGCUCCAGAGCGCUAGUGCACUAGCACUCCAACGUCACGGGCUGAUUCAUCUUGCUGCCUCCGAAAAACAGACAGCCUUUGUACGACUGAGUGACUUAUAUUUCAAAGGCGUUUUGGCCUGUUGACUUGGUUUGGUAGCUGACCUGAAAAGCCAAAGAAGAACAGUGAGGCUGCUCCCUCUUCCCUCUUCCUCCCCCUGUGUGAAAGAGGCAGCACCGGACCUGCACAUCCAGCAUGACAGGAGCAGGGGAUUCCACCCCUCCAGAUUAGCCUGGGCCUGGGACGCCCAUUUUCGGGGAAUUCCGGUAUCCGUUAGCUAGCAUGCAGACAAAGGAAGAGCAUGGGCCAGAUGGCCUCUCCUUGUCUGGAGCUUCACUCAUGUUCCUCUGCUUUAUCUGGUCGGUUUUAUUCCUGUAGUUCCUGAAGCCACUUGAGGCACAGAAACCAGCAUCUGGACUGGAUGCGGUGCAUCUGAAUGUAUACUGUGUAACUCUGAUGGAGCUGUUCUCUGUUAAUUUUCUAAUGUGUGCCAUUUGUUCCCGACUAUCUGAUACUGUUAGUGAUCAUUAUUACUUGCCAUGUGAAAGCGGAGCUCAGCGAUCCCCCUGUCCUCCAGCACUCCUCCGCUCUCUGGCCUCAGGACACACAGAGCUGGGGUCUGGCUUGUUCAGUAGGAUGGGGCUGCUGCUCCCACUGGAGAGGCCCCUCAGGAGGAGAAGCACCCUUCCGCCAGGCAGGCGGCUGCUCCCCUCCUGUCUGCCCUGCUCAUAGUGGGGCCUCCCAGUGAGGGCAGCAGGCCUGCAGCUGCAAGGCGGUUGUUGGCACAAACAAUUCCUUGUCAAGCAGACCUGGAGAAAUUAGUGUUCUGCAAAUCAAAACAAUGUCCAAAGUGCAAAAUCACCACACACAAAAGUUACUUUUGAGCGGUUAAGAAAGCGAGCAAACAAGGAGAUAUAAAUAAAUGACAUGUGCUGUAAUGAGAGGGGACAGGAAGAGGGACAGCUGGGUGACUGUUGACCUUUCCUUCCUAUUUCCCUGGAUGGGGUGUGUCAGCGGUGUGUGUGCGUGCGUUGCCCCGACGACUGUCACCAUGGUGCUGCACGUGCCCAGUGGGUGUCUGAGACACCCUGAGCUCCACUUUCUGUCAUCAGGACCUCCCUAGAUGUGUGACAACAUGUUGUCUGUAUUCUGUUUGCCACUGAAGUUAUUUUAAAAUAAUAAUUCCAAUAAAAAAAUAAAAUAAG